CGUGCCUUGGCAGUGGCGUGAGGACAGCUGAGUCGAAGGUAGAGCAACGCUGUGCGUCGAGCAGAGAGAUGGAGCGCGAGCGGAGCGGCUGCGAGCUGCGUUAAAGCGGAGCGGACGCCAGUGGAACGGGGACCGAACCAUGUCCGACUCCUGAGGGACGAACCCGUCCUCGGCCAAACGCGGAUCGCCUCGGAGGCGCCAGCGUCAUGAAAGCAGCCGCGCAUUGAGCCUCUCCUCGGCGGGUUGUCAUGGCCCAGUGAUGAACGGAGCGGUGCUGCCCGGUAGCCCGGAGCUCUCCUCCUCGUGUCCACUGCCCGACUGGCGAGAGUUCUGCGAGCUGCACGCCCGAGCCUCCGCUGCCGACUUCGCAGACAAGUUCCAGCGCUUCCUGGCGGAGAACCCGUGCUACGACUCGCCCGGCGCCGAUGCCAGCUUCUCGCAGCACUUUGCGCACCACUUCCUGGAGUGUUUCUCGGCGGCGGUGACCCAGGCCCGCGAGAGCCAGGCGUCUUCGCCGGGGGAGGACGGCUCCAGCGCGGCGUCCAAGUACAGCAUCGUUCCUUUCCUGGGAAUCCAGGGCUGCCCGCUGUCCUACGGCCACGACCUCUACCAGAGGCGCAAGGACGCUGGGGCCUCCAGCGAGUCCCUGGACAGCAUGGACAGUGGAGGGGGAGGCAUAGAGGGGGGAGGUAGCGCCUCCCAAGGCCCGCAGCCCGCUCACAAGGUGUCCGCCCUGGGACAGUCCCGCAGCUCAGAGGACGUGUCCAUCAGUCACCCGAAGGCCCGCUUCAAGAAGGGCUUCUCCCUGAGGAACAUGAGCCUGUGCGUGGUGGACGGGGUGAAGGAGAUGUGGCACCGCAGGGCCUCCCCCGAGCCCGACGCGCCCGCCGGCGCCAGGAAGGCCAACGGGGGGGGAGGCGGGGAGGCCGCGGGGGGAGAGAAGUGGUCCCAGAAGCUCCGGCUGCCCAGGGGCUCCCAGGGCCACAAGGCCGAGCUGCUGGAGAUCCAGAGGGAGGGCGCUCUGAGGUUCAUGGUGGCCGACGACACGAACUGCGUGGGCGCCGCGCAGUGGCAGAAGUGCCGCCUGCUGCUCAGGAAGACGAGGAGGGACGAGGGAGGCGACAGGUUCCUGCUGGAGUUCUACGUGCCGCCAAAGUCGUCCAAGCCCAAAGUGAGCAUCCCCCUCACAGCCAUCGUGGAGGUGAGGACCACCAUGCCGCUGGAGAUGCCUGACAAGGACAACACGUUCGUCCUGAAGGUGGAGAACGGGGGAGAGUACAUCCUGGAAACCAUCGACUCGCUGCAGAAGAACUCCUGGGUUGCCGACAUCCAGGACUGCAUCGACCCUGGCGACAGCGGCGAUGACAUCGAGCUGGCGUCGUGUCCCCACGGCCAGGCCUCCAAGGACUGCUCCAUGGUGGCCUCGUGCAGCUGCGAGCUGCUGUCUGAGGGAGUGUAUCGCGCCCCGGAGAGGCCGUGCUCCACGCCAGCCGAGCAUUACAGCGCCCCCUCGCUGCGAUGCCGGGAAGCGCCCUUCACGCAGCACCCGUCCCACGUGCCCCUGGAGCGCUUCCUGCAGUCCCCGGAGGCGCAGGCCUCCAGCUGCUCCUCAGGCGGUGGCGACGGGGCCAAGGACGCGGACGGAGCGGGCGACGCCAGCCUGGCGGGUUACCCAUGGUUCCACGGGACGCUGUCCCGCGUGCGGGCGGCCCAGCUGGUGCUGGCGGGCGGAGCCAGGAGCCACGGGCUGUUCGUGAUCCGCCAGAGCGAGACGCGACCCGGCGAGUACGUGCUGACCUUCAACUUCCAGGGCAAAGCCAAGCAUUUACGCCUGUCCGUGAACGACAACGGCCAGUGCCACGUGCACCACCUGUGGUUCCACACCGUGUCGGACAUGCUCAGGCACUUCCACGCCCACCCCAUCCCGCUGGAGUCCGGAGGCUCGGCGGACAUCACGCUGCGCUCCUACGUUCAGGUGCAGCGAAGCGCCGCCACCGCCGCCGCAGAUGUGACCGUGCCUCCGGCUGCAGCCCCGUUCAGGGAGGGCGGCUGCCGGGCAGAUCCGGCCCAGCCCGCUCUGCUCCCUCCCGGGAUCACAGUACCCACAGCGUCCAGCCCUGAUGCGCCGCUCUCCUCGAGCACCUCUUCCUCCCCCACUGCCCGUCCCUCCCUUUCCCGCAGUGACCCAGGUACUGGAGGAGGCGUAGGAGGAGGGCUACAUAGCCGGAGCAACAGCUCCGAGCGCCUGCUGGAGGCCUCUAGUGGUGCGUCCGAGGACUACCAUGACGCUGAUGGAACCCGCAGGGCCCGUGCUGUGGAGAACCAAUAUUCUUUCUAUUAAAUGAUUCAUCCAUGGGCUGGAUGAGAAGAACCUGGAACAGGGAUCAAACCCAUCCAAAUCAUCAGAUCUGCUAUUGUUUAGGUUUUUGAUUUGCAGAUUGUGCUGAGAAGAGAGAGGGGGAGUUGGAGAGGGAGUCUAGGCCUAGAGAGAGCGGGAGGAAGACAUCUGGUGGAGUCAUAUGGCUUUCAUUGAACUGGUUUGACCACUUCCUGUUCACUCUUACCCAGAGUUCCCUGAGAACAAAGCCCGUGUCACCACCCCAGUGGAGAGCUGGGAAUUUGAAAUGAUCCUGAAAAACAGCCCCUCCCCUUAUCGCCCCAGAGCUUUGAGAGCAUCCUGUUAAUGUUUGUAGAGCUGCUUUGAGUCUGUCCCGGAUAUCCUCACUAUCCCUGCAGGGUUCCCUGAAGUCCUGCUCUGGGUCUCUGCUACACACCAACAUCAGUACAGUGACCAUGGGUGUGUUAGCGUCAGCCCGGAGAUGUGUACAGCCUAAAGGGUCUUAGUGCCUGACGGUUACUUUGGACUCGAAUGGACCGUUGCCCAUAGCGAUGAGGAUGAAGGUGCCCAAACCACAACAGCCCAAAAAUGAAAUGCAGGUAUUUAUUCUAAAGUUGGGUUCUGCUUAGAACAUGCAUAACUUUGCGUGCUAAAAUGGUUUUAUUCUCAGUUUUGUUGAUGGCUGCAACGUGCACACGGCGGGUCAUACGUUGUGCUACAAAUCAGAUUCAAAAUGCUUCAAUGAAGAUGAACCAACAGAGGUCCAUCCUGCUCUGAUGCGGCAGCAUGGCACCAUGCAGCUGUUCUACUGGGUACUUUAUGAGUGUUUGCUCAUGUAUUAGAGUCCAAAUAUUUUUCAAUGAUCAAUGUGCUGCAGUAAUGUUUUUAAAGCAUAGUUUUUCCAGGUCUCUCCAUCUGGUGCUGGUUCUGUGUCUGAGCUCAUCAUGCUGAUUACCUGUAGAUUAGAUAUUCUGUUGCCUUGAAGAUAUGAUUACACCAAAUCCAGCAUUUAUGGGAGGGACUUGUUUAGAACGAUGGCGGUAUCGUGUGCGGUUCGUGUGACCUGCAGGUGUAACUUGUGAAUGUGAACUUGACUGGUACAGGUAGCAAAACUAAGUGACUAGAUGGCCGUGCUUGAAUGGAAGGAUGCGAAACCGCUGCUGACUCAGCGCUGAGCUUAAACCUUUACCGGUAAUCAUUUCAAAGGAAAAUCCAAGUUAGGUGACACAUUUAUGUUACUGUUCGAAUUCAAGCCUUAAUCUUUAAUCUUGUAUCCGUUCAAUUUUUAAACCCGCCUGAACAUGUAGAACGAAGCACCUUUCAAGAGCCGCUGCACACAAGCAGCUGAGGUAACUACCGCACAGCCUGUAACGCUAAUAUGUGAGACAGAAGCAACACUCUCGCCCAGUCGGAGUAAACAUAUCAAGAUUUGCCGUCAUGUGCGUGUUCAAGCAUGGCCAUUUGGCUUCAGAGGUGGAAGUCGAUUUCACGCGAGAAGCGGACGGAGCAGUUCAUGUGCCAAUUUGAAUCCUAUUUUUGAAACAUAUUUAUUCCUCGGUCACUGUAAAUUACAUUUUUCCUAUUAAGUCUUAUUUAUGUACAACAGGUUGAUUGUCCCUAAAUGAAACCCGGUCGCUGCAACCUGCCUGUUGCAGGAACCCAUGUCACAUAUCACCCAUUGCUCGCGUCGCCCUUUUGUUUUAACACUUCUUAAAGCUGAAUUUUCUGUUGUCUGACUGAGUUUUGAAGAGUCUGUGCAAUUUUGUACAAAGUGAUGUACUUGACAUACUACUUUAUAUUUCUGUGAAUAAAAGGUAAACAAACA